GCAAUUAUAUACCCUGCCACAAGAUUUACUCAUAGACAUAUUGAAACUUUUGUCCUGGACUGACAAAUACCAAGUCUCACUGGUAAACCGUGAGCUAUAUUAUCGCACAAUACCUAUAUUAUAUGAGCACAUCAACAUAUUCUCAAACCUAAACAAGCUGCCAUGCCUGCUGAACAGAUUAUCUGAAACUAUAAUAGAUCCUGGCCGGUCGAAUCAUGAUGAUAAGACAACAUAUGGGAUAUAUGUCAAAAACAUUUAUGCAAACAGGGGUUGACGGGCUCAAUCCCAAUUAUGAAAUUGAUUCUGACUGGUUGGCGAAAAUAUACAAAUGCUGCCCAUAUCUGACGCAUUUAAGUCUGAAAGGGGGGAAGCUAUCGUUCAACUUGUUUACUGAGCGUACCUUUGGAUUAUGUGAACAACUUGUCUCGCUUAACUUGCUAUCUGCGAGGUACAUGAAAACCCCCUAUCUUUCAACAUUAUUACGGUUUCCCAAGUUGCGAGAACUCACCAUAGGCAUAGAAUACCCAGGCGAGGAUCUUCUAUCGCUACGUAACUUACUGUCUACAUCUUCCAUAACACUCACAACUUUGGCCAUUCGCUGGUAUGUGCCCGAUCCAUACCCUGAGGACCUUACACCGUUGCUGUUAAAUUGCCCCAACCUGGAACGACUCGCUUUGCAAUGGUUCGGAGCGUCUCCGAACAUUAACAGUAUUCCUUCCAGCGUGACCGAUAUCCAACUCCUAGGGGGAGCAAUCACUGACUGCAGACAAAUAAUAGACGCCUUACAGCAUACUUCAUCUCUCAAACGGUUGUCAAUCUCGAAACUUCCAUGCUCUAUAGAGGAAUUGGAGUCUAUAUUGCGUGUGAAUCGGCAUACCUUGGAGGCACUCACGUUUCACGACAAUUCGAAGUUAAGCCUUACCGAAUCUAAUCUCGAGGUUUGUAAGAACCUCAAAUGCUUAGAACUCCAGCAUUUCGAUCGAGAGAAAGGCGGCGGUAAGGUAGGAAGAAUAAUAAAUAAGCUAUUUCGGGACCAACUGGAGACCUUGGUAGGCGCAUAUGACGAGCCUUGCUUUUGGGAUUCUCAAUGGACAAACGUCAAAUACCUAAAGGUCAGCAUGAAGCCAAGACAUACUACAACUAAGGCUGGUAUUCAGAGAUUAACCACCGCCUUUCCGAAUGUGGAAUAUAUGGAAAUACAUUAUCAUGACAGAGGAAACAUUACCGCUGACGAGUGGAGACACACGUUCUCUCAAUUUCAUGGACUUAAAGGGAUAUAUCUGCAAAACGCGGAGGGGAAUUACGAAAGUACGUUCUACAACAGUCAAUACUACACAAGUUUGAAAGGAGCAUAUACUGAAUGGCACGACAAUGCUGCAAAUACCGUCAAUGCACAUUUUUGUUAUCCGACAUGCUGGCUACUUGAUUAUCACAACCUACAGUAGUAGCAUACCAAUCGCUUUACAUGUCCCUUCUCUCAUAAUAUAUAUAAUAAUUAGAAACCAUCAAAGACUGACUAGUAAACAUCACGGUAUUAUGACCAGCC